CGUGGCUUGUGACGUCACUGCAACGGAAGUAGUUUGACGGAUACACUGCUCAUGUUUAUAAAGAAAACGUCACUUUUGCCGACACGCUAUUGAUAACAACACCAUCACAGCGAUAUUGUGUGAUUAGCAAACAAAAUUAAAACCGCAAUUAAUUAGUCUUACUAACCUGAAAGUGCCUUUACAAGUAUUCCGACGUUACGUAAAGUAGUUCCAGAAAAACAAGUCUCUGUCCAAUCCCAUUGUCUUUUUCGGGGAAUUCACCGCAGCUUAAAAUGAAAAAUAAAUAACUUUCUUUGCUAUCUGAAAUAGUUAAAGUGGAUUGGUAAGUAAACAAGCACGCUAAAGUGACCGAACGACCACUGCGUAUGUGCCGCGUCACCGUCGCAUACCACUACGCCACACGGCUGAUUGAAUACCGGCAGAUGCAGGUGACGUCAUCGUUUAGCCCCCUAAUUAUUCACAUUAUGUAAUUUCUAGCGAUAAUGAAUCGAUACAAAAAGUCAGUAGUUGUCUUACAUUAGACAACCUUCUCCGAGAGCAAAUGGCUGUAAUGAAAAAGAAGAUCACGCCACCCGAGUAGAGCCACGUGACUCCUCCCUGCCCAUCAGCCGGAAAAUGGGAGGAAAACUCUCAUUAUUAUCUCAAGAAGUGUCUUCAGUAAUCAUGCCAAUGUUUCGCAGCCCACAUACUGCCACGCCUGUGCGGGUGUCAAACCCUUCUGUGGAUCCCAGGUGUGUGUUUGGCAUUUCCCUGGAGACGCUGAGAAGAAACGGGCAGAUGGUACACGGAAUACCACUUGUGUUGCGAGACAUGGUCCAGUUCUUGGAGAAACACGGAAUGGAGUUUCAGGGUCUUUUCCAGGUGUGUGGCUCCGUGGUGAGGAUCCAUCAGCUGAGGCAGCGGUUUGACCGUGGCGAGAUUGUCAACCUGGAGAUGGAACAAGUCCCCAAUGUGGCAUCGCUCCUGAAACUGUUCUUUCAAGAACUGCCUGAACCGAUAGUGCCGGAGUACCAACGCAGACUUCUGGUCCAGAGCUUCAGAGGCAACGCAGACGAGGCGGAGUUGAACAUGUCGCUGAAAAAGCACCUUUGUCGCAUCCCGGACGACAACCUCACCGUCUUGUCCUACUUCACCAACUUCCUGUCCAGAGUGGCCGCUUCCAGUCAGUUCAAUCGCAUGACGGUGGAUAACCUCGCCACCAUUUUUGGACCUUGUAUCUUUCACGUUCGAGCAGGACCAAAGAUGCUGGAGGAGCAGCGAGUGUGCAAUACUGUGCUGGUCCAUCUCUUCAGGAAGCACAAGAUCCUCCCCCGGCCUCCUUUCAUCCCCGGACCACCCUCCCCAUCGUCCGUGGCCCCCCUCUGAGGUGACCCUUUGUAUCUUUGUAAAUACUUGGAAGUUAUUGAAGACACUUGCAUUGAAAGCAAGUGGCGACCGUCCUGAACUGAGAGCGUGGCGUUCCUGUGGCACACCAGACCCCCACUCGGGGGAGUUAAGACCCUACUAGAUAAGCUUGAAGAAACUCAUGAUGCAGACUUUCAUGACAUGAAUAUUAUUUUUAUUGUGCAUCAGAAUGGAGUUCAGGAGCAAUAAAUGCAACUACAACUUGUA